AUGCGUCCGUAUUUCCCAGGUGCCAAUGGCGUCUUGAGGUCGCACUGCAUCAGCUGCUUCGUUUCCCGUCGCCAGCAGAGUGCCAAGAAGAAUGGGACAAGUGCCGAUGAAGGAAAGCAAACACCGCCUUAUUGCCAUACCGGUGAGAACUAUUGCGGCUCCGCAUCUGUCCCCCGCACUGAGGCAGUGAAUGCGCGGAUGAUGCAAACAUCUGCUGCGUACCCGCGUGUGCACGUAACUCUGCACGACCCGCAGAAGUCUAAAUCGGAGGAAGCAGAUGAACUAAGCCGGUGUGGAGGCGGAGAAGGCGUCAACGGUAUCAAUGAUAAAGCAGAAACUGUCUUUGGCGGAAAUCGGGUGGGGGACCUCUCGGAAAAUGAGGUGCGUGCAUUUUUGUUUAGAAAGGAGCGUGAAAUCGCGCACCACCACCAACAACGCAACUCCACCAUUCCGUACCCUCCCCAUCCAGAUGACGUUGUUCCUCAGUUCCGUCGGAUUAAGCGACAUCAACAAAUGCUUGUGGUAGCACUUGACCCAGAUUACCCGGUAUACGACCGGCGUGACAACGUCCCGGAGCUCCCACCUGCACAAUCGCACCCCUGGGUAAAGAAGACACCGACUGGUCCGUUUAUUGUACAUGGAGAUGGUCAGCUGGGAGUGGUGGGAACGGGUGAGGUGGGCUUUGAGGACGCGUUUACUUCUGAUAAUACCACGGAGGUGGCUGCAGCAACGAUGGGGGAGGUAAUGUUACCUCUCCCUCGUGAUUUUCGCGGCCUUCAGCAUCGCUCUACGUUGCACCAAAGUCUACCGUCUUGCAAUGGCAAGGUGCUACAGGAGACAGUCAUCAAGAAUAGCUUUGCACUGACAGGUCGUGGUGUUUUUACAACUCGGGAUGUGUCGGCUGGUGAAACCAUUAUGAUCGUCCGCAACACUGCGAGGAAUCUUGGCGUGAAAAGUGAGAUCGAGCGUCUAGUGGAGAUGUGCACGGACGUUUUGUCGGACACGUACAAUAACUUCUGCAAUGGAAACCCGCAAAAGUUGGACUUCCUACACGACUGGGUUUUAACAGGUCAGCCAUCAUCCUUGUUGUUGCAUUGGCCGCGCAGCGCAACCAAACAGGUUUUGGAGUGUAUUGGCGGCGCGGAGGUGUUGCGUGCUCUUGAGUUGCACGAGAUCCACAUUGCGCGAUUAGCAGCCAUUAUGGAUAUGAACAGCUUUCUCGUGGAGUCUUCGUACGCCGUGCGUAAGGGUAUGGCAUACUUUCCAGAAGCAGGUUUUUUUAACCACAGUUGUUCUCCUAAUGCAACGUACGAUGUAAUUCCGGCGCACACUUUCUGUGAGACAGAUUACUACGUUGACGAGUUGGGGGACUCGGCCAAUGCCGCGUUCUGUGCUACCAACUACGGUGAGUACACGAAAAGCAGCAACAAUGACAUAGUUGAUGCCACGAGUGGGCGUAACACCACGAGUGACACGAAAAGCGAUAGGGAUGCUAGUGAGGAUGAGUGCAUGGAGGAUGUGCACAAUGCUGAUGGUAACCAAAUAAUUCCUAGUGGGACUGUGGAAUAUCUGUUCUGCUGUCGUGCUACCGCUGACAUUCCUGCGGGCUCCGAAAUCCUCAUUAGCUAUGUACCACCUGAGUGGUCGUUUGACAACCGUCAGUAUGUGCUUCAUGACCGGUACCGCUUUUGGUGCAAGUGCCCAAAAUGCGCUCCCACAUUGGACUCCAAGUACGCGCGCACGCCCAGGUUGCUCGUUGCUAUGCUGAUUUUCAGCAUUUUCCUACAACUCCUUGUGAUGCGCCAGAGAGAUAUGGAGCACGCAACAAUGCGGGAGCGGGAAACGGGUGAGGAAGAAGAAAUGCGGCACGGGGAGUCGGGGAGAGAGAAACUGAAGAGGAGGGCUCGUGGGCUUUUUGAGCUUCUGGAGGAGAGUCGACAGGAGGAAAUGUACACGCCGGAUAGGGGGCCCAUACCGGAACGAGUAGCCCAGGACCCGUGGGCGCGACCAGCACGGUGA